AUGAGCAUCAGCCCCUCACAUCAGGAAUUGAAUAGCCUACAGCAGGAAUUGGAUAGCCUACAGCAGGAAUUGAAUAGCCUACAGCAGGAAUUGGAUAGCCUACAGCAGGAUUUGGAUAGACUACAGCAGGAAUUGGAUAGCCUACAGCAGGAAUUGAAUAGAUUUGAUAGCCUACAGCAGGAAUUGAAUAGCCUACAGCAGGAAUUGAAUAGCCUACAGCAGGAAUUGAAUAGCCUACAGCAGGAAUUGGAUAGCCUACAGCAGGAAUUGGAUAGCCUACAGCAGGAAUUGGAUAGCCUACAGCAGGAAUUGAAUAGCCUACAGCAGGAAUUGAAUAGCCUACAGCAGGAAUUGGAUAGCCUACAGCAGGAAUUUGAUAGCCUACAGCAGGAAUUGAAUAGCCUACAGCAGGAAUUGGAUAGCCUACAGCAGGAAUUUGAUAGCCUACAGCAGGAAUUUGAUAGCCUACAGCAGGAAUUUGAUAGCCUAGAGCAGGAAUUGAAUAGCCUACAGCAGGAAUUGAAUAGCAUACAGCAGGAAUUGGAUACACUACAGCAGGAACUGGAUAGCCUACAGCAGGAUUUGGAUAGCCUACAGCAGGAAUUGAACAGCCUACAGCAGGAUUUGGAUAGCCUACAGCAGGAAUUGGAUAGCCUACAGCAGGAACUGGAUAGCCUACAGCAGGAAUUUCAAGACUAG